AUGACGGUGGAAAUCAAAGCCCUUGUGAAUGCAGGAUCCUGGAACGAGGUGAGAAAGAGGAUCAAGAGAUGGAAAAAGAAGGAGAGGAUUGGGGAGCUCUUAGUAUUCUGUACCGUCAAAGAUACUCCCGAUGACAUUACAGAAGAACUCCUUUCCAAGUUGGAGCCAGGUGAAGGCAGCCGUGGGUUUGUCGGAAGUUCCAUGCCUGGUUUUGGUGUACACUUCUGGUAUGCUGUCCGCGGCGACUGUACCGCAGUGCAUGAAAAAUCGAAAGAGAGUGAAUUUCUAGACUUUGGAAUGCUCUGCAACUAUGCUCGGGUAUCUCCCCUACGAUUGGUGGUGAACAGAUACCUCCAAACUCAAUGUAAACCCCUCUAUUCCAAAGUUGUUUGGAAAGCACUUCGUUUUACAUGGUUGAAUUCCAAUUCGAACCAUUGGAAGAUGGAUGGCCUUCUCCAAAUCGAGUCCAUCGAGGACCUAGAAAGUGAUAAAUGCAAAGACCUAAGGAAUCUGUGGCAGAAAACUGAACUUUUAUUCAGAGCAUCUCAAGAAAAACAUGGAAUGAGCAAGCCUCUGCAUGAAAUGAGUUUUAUUCACAUGCUCAUUCAGGAGGGCAUGCCCAAGAUCAGCGUUUGGCUGGCGCUUCGACUACUUCCAGCUUCACAACUAUUACAGGUGGACAGCCAUGGCAGGACGCCAUUGCAUAUUGCGGCAAUGUGCAAUGAAACAGAAUUAGAAAAAGAUGAUCCCAUGUUUAGUUGUAAUUAUCCAGGCUGUCUUCUCAAGGACUCUACAAUUCUUGAGAUGGUGCUAAAGGCUUGUCCUGAAGCUGCCAGCAAACCUGACAAAGAAGGCUCUCUGCCUCUCAGUCUGCUCUUGCAACAGACCGGGAACUUUGUGGCAUAUUCGAAUGGACUAAAGAAGAAGGAACACAUGCUGAGAAGUGUACACGCCUUUGUGGUACAUGCACCCCAUGCCUUGGCUCUGCCAAACCCAAAGGAUAAGAUGCUUCCAUUUAUGCUUGCCGCCACGUCUCCCAAGGAUAUUGAUGUGACAUUCUCCAUUCUCAUUGAGAGUCCUUCUGUUGUUGUUUCUGGAAUCGAGGCUACCGACCGAGAAGUCUGGCUUACAGACAAGCUGAAACAAGCCCAGACACAUAACCAAAAGCUAGAGGACGAGAACCAGAAGCUCCGAGCCUUGUUGGCGAAGCAAGAACCAACCCUUCCACCACGAGUGGCCCCUUUACAAAUCUACAAUUUACCUUCCAUCAAGUAUCCAAGUCGAAAGCGACACAAUAGUGCAGUCGCUGCUAGCAGGGACCCAGCAGCCAAAAAUGGCUGCAGCGACCGCCCUCCAAAAUCUCGUCGCUUGGACCCGUAG